AGAUUCUUUUCAAAGCCUAAAACAUGGACCAUUGCGUAGCUGAUGAGUUUUGAUAUGUUUCACUUCAAGAUUUCCGCAACCGCUUACCAUCUCGUCUCUGUUUUGUCUCCAAGAAUGUAAUUACCAUCAUUUUGUUUUUGCAACCACGACACCACUACCCUCACCUAUCUUGUCUCCAUCUUCCAACCACCGCCUUCAAAUGGUGCCAGUUCAUCACAUUCACAAUCCCUUCACUUUCAUGAUCAUGGCCUGAUCUUCGCCCACGCCAAAAUACCCAAAACCCAUUAAUAAGACUGUCUUUAUUAUUAAUUUUUUUUUUGAAUCAGCCUUGAUUUUGAUUUAAUCUAAAUUAUUCACUAAAAUAAUCCCUCACUGCCCCCAACCCCACCAGCCACCAGUGUUCGCUCUUCACGAGGCCUAAGAUCACUGCUGCAAGCAAACACCGUCUGUAUAGAAACCUUUCCUUGUCUCUAUUCACAGUUCACCUUCAAAUUCCUUUCUUCGUCACUUUCUCUCCACUUUCAUACAUUACCCACAUCUCCCAUCUUCUUCUCUUUCAAUUUCAAUAAUUUCACUCUGUUCUUCUUUACUUCAGCACUCUGUUAACAAAUUUUGUUUCCAUGGCUGAGAUCUCUGAGAGUGAAAAGCAGCCAAUCUAUCUUCAUGGGGACCUUGACUUGUUUAUAAUUGAGGCUAGAAGAUUGCCUAACAUGGACGUAGUCUCCACCCGUAUCCGCAGUUGUUUCGCUGCUUGUACCCCUCACUCCACUGCCGCUACCUCCGCCGGUUCUACCGACGAAGAGGCCGGUGAAGAUGACCAGAAAAUUCAUCACCACCGUAACAUCGUCACCAGUGACCCUUACGUUACUGUCGUCGUCCCUCAAGCUACUGUGGCUCGCACUCGUGUGAUUAAGAAUGCGAAAAACCCUAAGUGGAAGCAGCGGUUUUAUAUACCUCUGGCGCAUCCGGUAAUUGACCUCGAAUUUCAUGUUAAGGAUAAUGACCUUUUUGGAGCGGAGCUUAUGGGAACUGUCAAAAUCCCAGCUCAAAAACUCGUCACCGGCGAGUCAAUCAGCGACUGGUUCCCUAUACUUGACUCCUCCGGCAAGCAACUGAAGCCGGACUCUGCACUACGUCUGGAAAUGAAGUUUACGCCGUGUGAGAAGAAUCCAUUGUACCGCCACGGUAUCGCCGGUGAUCCUGAACAUCUAGGAGUGAGGAAUACGUACUUCCCUUUAAGAAAAGGAAGUACAGUGACAAUGUAUCAAGAUGCUCAUGUGCUUGAAGGGAUGUUGCCAGAGAUUGCAAUUGAUGACGGGAAGGUUUAUAAGCAGGAGAAGUGUUGGGAGGAUAUUUGCUAUGCCAUAUCAGAGGCUCACCAUAUGAUUUACAUUGUGGGAUGGUCUGUUUUCUAUAAGAUUAAGCUGGUGAGAGAGCCCACCAGGCAAUUGCCGCGAGGUGGGGAUUUGACUCUUGGUGAAUUGCUCAAGUAUAAAUCUGAGGAAGGAGUGCGAGUUUUGUUGCUGGUUUGGGACGAUAAGACCUCGCAUGAUAAGUUUGGUAUUAGUACGGCAGGAUUGAUGCAGACACACGAUGAAGAAACCCGAAAAUUUUUCAAACAUUCGUCUGUCAUCUGCGUAUUGGCACCUCGCUAUGCCAGCAGCAAGCUUAGUUUUUUGAAACAACAGGUUGUUGGAACUGCCUUUACACACCAUCAGAAAUGUGUUCUUGUGGACACACAGGCGCAUGGUAAUAAUAGGAAGAUAACUGCAUUUUUAGGAGGUAUUGAUCUGUGUGAUGGACGAUACGAUACUCCUGAGCAUCGAUUGUUCCAUGACCUUGACACUGUAUUCAAGGAUGAUUUCCAUAAUCCAACAUUUCCUGCUGGUACCAAAGCACCGAGGCAACCAUGGCAUGACUUGCAUUGCAGAAUUGAAGGGCCUGCCGCAUAUGAUGUUCUUAUAAACUUCGAGCAGCGAUGGAGGAAAGCAACAAAGUGGACAGAGUUUGGCCUGCGUUUCAAAAGGGUAUCCCAUUGGCAUGAUGAUGCAUUGAUAAAGAUAGAACGGAUUUCAUGGAUCCUAAGUCCUCCUUUCAACGUGAAGGAUAGUGUCACUGUAGUUCCACCGGAUGAUCCCAUAGUACAUGUUUCCACUAAAGAAGAUCCUGAAAACUGGCAUGUCCAGAUUUUUCGGUCUAUUGACACAGGAUCAUUAAAAGGAUUUCCUAAAAAUGCCCAUGAUUGUCAAGCUCAGAACCUCAUAGCUACCAAAAAUCAUGUGGUGGAUAAGAGCAUUCAAACUGCAUACAUCCAGGCAAUCAGAUCUGCGCAGCAUUUCAUAUACAUUGAAAAUCAGUAUUUUCUUGGAUCAUCAUAUGGAUGGCCAUCAUAUAAAAAUGCAGGAGCCGAUAAUCUUAUCCCAAUGGAGUUGGCAUUAAAGAUUGCCAGUAAAAUUAGAGCCAAUGAGAGAUUUGCAGUGUAUAUUGUGCUGCCAAUGUGGCCUGAGGGUGACCCAAAAACUGACACCAUGCAAGAAAUUCUCUACUGGCAGAGCCAGACAAUGCAAAUGAUGUAUGAUAUAGUUGCACGAGAACUUAAAUUGAUGCAACUUGUAGAUUCGCAUCCUCGAGAUUACCUCAAUUUCUUUUGCCUUGGUAAACGGGAAGAAAAUCCACAGCAGAUGUCCAGUACUAAUGGUGAAGCGAUCUCCGAUGCUUAUAAAUUUAAGCGGUUCAUGAUUUAUGUCCAUGCAAAGGGAAUGAUUGUGGAUGAUGAGUAUAUCAUUAUUGGAUCUGCCAAUAUUAACCAGAGAUCCAUGGCUGGUUCAAAAGACACUGAGAUAGCUAUGGGUGCAUAUCAACCCCAUUACAGUUGGGCUGCAAAGAAGAAACACCCACUUGGGCAGGUAUAUGGAUAUAGAAUGUCAUUGUGGGCUGAGCAUCUUGGUGAGGUCCAAGGAUUGUUCGCAGAGCCUGAGAGUUUGGAAUGCGUGAAGAAAGUAAAUAAUAUUGCUGAAGCCAACUGGAAGAGAUAUACAGAUCCGAAUUUCACAUUAUUGCAGGGCCAUCUUCUCAGGUAUCCUAUGCAGGUAGAUGCUGAUGGGAAGGUAGGCCUCCUACCUGGAUAUGAGAAUUUCCCGGAUGCAGGUGGUAAGGUGCUUGGAGCUCAUUCCAUCAAAGUUCCUGAUAUUUUAACAACGUAAUCUUGUCUUUCCCCAUCCCCUUGUGUUCAUAAAAAACCGAAUAUGUAUUGGAUGUUGCUGGGUUUCAUAGUAUGGCAGAUUCAAAGAGCAGUGCUUUGUUUGAUGUUUUUACUCAGAGCUGUAAUUUUGUGUGGUGUCCUAUUCUUGUGCAAAGUGUAAUAAGGAUGACGUGAAUAUUGUUGUGCAAAGUGUGACAAGGAUGACAUGUGGAUACUGGCCCGUACUGAAUGAAUGGUUUAUAGUAGGGGCGUGUACGAUUGGUUUGAAUUGGUUUACAGUACUUUUUGGUUUUAAUUUAAUUUAGUUUUUCACUUUUUAA